AUGGCUCCCACUCUGGCUUACUGGGAUAUCAGAGGGCUUGCGGAACAGAGUCGACUUCUGCUGAAGUACUUGGAAGUCGAGUACGAUGACAAGCGAUAUAAGAUUGGUUCGACUCCAACUUUUGAUCGUAGUGCAUGGCUGUCGGAGAAGUUCUCUUUGGGUCUCGACUUUCCCAAUUUGCCCUACUACAUUGACGGCGACUUCAAGUUGACUCAGUCAGGGGCUAUUUUGGAAUAUAUUGCUGAUAGACACGGCAUGAUUCCCGAUUGCAAAAAGCGACGGGCAGUGCUGCACAUGCUUCAAUGCGAGGUUGUGGAUUUGCGCAUGGCGUUUACGAGGACUUGUUAUAGUCCCGAUUUUGAGAAGUUGAAGCCAGGUUUAUUUGAGACGCUGGCUCAGAAACUGCCGAACUUUGAGGCGUAUUUGGGUGAGAAGGAAUGGCUCACUGGUGAUAAGAUCAACUAUCCCGACUUUAGUCUAUGCGAGCUGUUGAACCAGCUGAUGAAGUUUGAGCCAACGUGUCUCGAGAAGUAUCCCAGACUGAAGGCCUACUUGUCGCGUUUUGAGAACUUGCCUGCAUUGAGGGACUACAUGGCUUCGAAGGAGUUCAAGACUCGUCCAUGCAAUGGAGCAAGUGCAAAAUGGCGUGGUGACUGUUAG